AUGCACCACGCUUUCGGACGUAAGGAUAUUCUCAACGUUCUCAAAGCCACCACCAACACAGUACCAGACGACAUCCAGCAGGACGGUAUCGUCCUCUCUUACUCCACCGGAGACGACCUUGAACACCUGUUCACACCUGCUGCUACAUCUGCACUCUAUGAUGCGGAUAUUACCCUCAUCCAACCACGACGCUUUCAAGCUGAACGAACCAUCUUUGCCAGGAGAGUAAGCUCAUGGAUCACCGAGCACGAGGUGGACGUUAUCCUGAACAGUAUCAACAGGGAAAACGAAAACAUGACAGCUGUCUCAGCAAAAAUCAUCGCCAACAACAACGACACUCGCUCCACCUUGAAAGUGACCUUCACUACAGUUGCCGCAGCGGACCAGGCCACCACCACAGGAUUUAGGUGCUUAGGCAUCAAUACUCCACCAGCUUCAGUGCACAAGGAACGUUUUUACGAGACCCAGCCUCCACCUCCACCACCAGGCUCUUCCCAUUCGUCGACUCAGACUUCGCCACGGCAGUUGCCGGUUACUGUCACCGACCUUAGCACUACACAUGCUCUCACGAAACUAGUGAGUGACAUUACUGGUUCCAACUACCGAGAAUUUGUGAGGAUUCUAAAUAUCGUCUACAAGGCUAACGGACUCCAGACCAUCAUCGUACCUGACGAAGUCUUCCCCACCUCUGCCUCAGCUUCCACUUCAGUUACUGAGCCGGAAAUCACUGUAAACGCUGCCGCACUUGUUGACCUACUGUCUGCCACUGUUCCACCCACCACUCCAGUUGCUGCUGACCCUACACCAGACCCAGUAGAGGCUGUUAGUCUCUCCACACAAGACAACGACCCUCCUGCUCCUGUUUAUGCGUCUUACAAUUGCCCUAGAGACCUGAAAUUUAAUAUUUCUCAGAAACGUGUCACAGCUCGGGAGUGGAACAUCGACUACGAAAACGGACUGAACGAUGACGGAACCCGCAGAGAGUUUUGGUACGUUGAGGCUGACACAGUUCGUUACUGCACUGAUGUUACCAUGCUCCACCCUGCCAUUAUUGACCCUCAAUACUACGUGAAAUAUCCGAAACACGCCGCUAUGAUAAAGAAAGAAAUUCAAGAACGAACGGGCAAUGAACCUUCAACCCAGCAGAGUCAACCAACACCUCUUCAUACCAAACCUUCAGGGACCACUGUGCUAGUCCCCGACCCUUCAAACCCAUUGUCGGAUGAUGCUCCAGCUCCUGGUCCAGCCUCGGACAUUGCUGUGAACGAUACUGAACCUACUGCAGCUGCAACAUCUGCUCCUGGCAUGGUAGCAACCCAGAAGCCGACGACUUCUCAUCCACCAUCUCCUGUUACAUCUCCACCCACAGUACAUACAUCCACUGAACCUUCUACAUCUGCAGUAAGUCCUACCGCUGCUACUAAACCAUCAGGAACACUACUUCCAAGACCCACAUCUCCUGGUAUGUACUCAUCUGACUCAUCAGAUGAGGAUGUCUCUGUGGGAACGACAUCUCCACCUUCACAGAAAUACAACUAUUCAUCUGCCGAUUUUCUUUAUGACGCUAUUGAUCCCACAGCAAUGUCAACACGAAGUCGGACCGCCAAGAAAGACAAGCCGAAAACAAAGACCAAAGAUCAGACCUUGCUCCCACCAUCAAGAAAGAAGUAA